CCCGUUCUCGCAGUAGGACUCCAAAAAAACAUAAGAGCAAACAUAGGAAAAGGAGCAAAUCCCGGUCGUCCUCCCACAGCAAACACGAAUCCCAUCGUAAUUACGACAAAUACAAGGAACGGAGCUCUAAAUCAAGAAUGUUUUCAACUAUAAGUUUCUCACUUGAAAAUUGUGUAUUAUUUAAAAUUUAGACUGAUUGUUGUGAGAAGGCAAAAGGGAGGCGUUUUCGCGUUCCCUUUGCGAACGAAUGUCCCAUUUUUGCAGGAGCAGGCGUCCCCUCCAAUGGAAGUGCUAGAAGAUACGAAGAAACUGCGUCUUGCACGGCCGAUAACGAGAGUAGGUAGCCUUGAAACCACUUCUUUUUUCAACAUAGAAUUAUUUGAGGUUAGGUAUGCGACUGCUGAUGAAGAAAGAAGAUUACUCGCGACCAGUAGAAGAGCUGACGGUUGAACGGCAGUACCAAAACAAAAAAACUCGAAUGCUCUGUUGGCUUUUCUUUUCGGUUUCAUGAUUUAACUUAUUGCGACCGAAUCAUGGACGAUCAAUUGUUGGAUGGAACUUGUAACUUUGUGUGUUAAUUUCUAACGAUCUAAUGCUUGCCUUAUUAUUCUCCUGUCUCCAAAAUCCCAUUCUGGGGGUUUGUCACAAUUGUAGGAAGCGCUCGUUGUCCGAAUCGUCCGACAGUAGUAGCGAUGAACGCCAACACCACAGGAAGAAAAGCUCCAAGACUCGCAAACUGACAGAGGUCGAACGGCUAGCCGAAAUGGAGCGACAGCGACGACAGAAAGAGGCCGAACAAAAGAUGAUCGAGGAGGAGGCGGCCAAGCGAAUUGAGUUGCUGGUAAAGAAGCGUGUUGAGGAAGAGCUGGAAAAGCGCAAGGACGAGAUUGAAACAGAGGUACAGCGACGCGUCGAAGCUGCCAAGAAACAGAUGGAGCAGGAGAUGAUGCUCGAGCUCGAGAAACGACGCGAGCAAGCCCGCGAAGAAGAACGACGGCGCGAGGAGGAAGAGCUAAAAAAGCGUCAGGAGCUCGAAAACAUUAUCGCCGAAAACAAUCGGAAGAUCGAGGAAGCCCAACGAAAAUUGGCUGAAGACCGAUUGGCGAUAAUAGAAGAGCAAAGAAAAAUGGACGAAGAGCGUCAAAAGAUGCGCAAAGAGCAAGAAAAGCGCGUUAAAGAAGAACAAAAAAUGAUUUUGGGCAAGAACAACUCACGGCCCAAGCUAUCGUUCUCGUUAAAACCAUGAACCAAGAGAUGUGCGCAACGGUUAAGAAAUAACGUUUACGUCCUGUGUUUAUUGGUUUGGUUGUUUAACAGUUUAAAAGUAAACGAACGAAGGUUACAAACAAAGCCACAUGUAUAAAACAGCUAAUUGGAUAGCAGUGUCGGUUACUAAAUACUAGUUCAUAGGUUCACUAGUUAGUACGUAAUGAAUAGUAUCGUUUGUAAAUCACGUAUCGUGAUACUGAGGGAACUGAUCUCCGACCCACUUUCGGAAUAGUUUCAAGUUCUUCCUGUUAAGGAUGACCCAUGUUCUUUAUUUUAUUAUUAAUUCUGUUGUGAUAUCGCUAUUGUUAAAGAUGUUACCAAUUUUUGAACUGAUACUCUCUAAAAGACUGUAGACAUGGCUUAUCUUUAACGGUAGCGCGUCGCAUUUACAAAUGUACAGAAACCUUUCUAGGUGUUUCUUCAGUUUAACAAUUCAAAUCGAGUCUAGGGUCAAGCCAUUUUUGGUUGUGUCUAUUCAAUCAAUAAAAUUUCAAGUUUUAGAUAACAAACUACAGUAUCUAAAUUUAAGCUUCCUCUUGUUUUAUUAAAUGCACACUUACUCUUUAAGGGGCGAACGUUGUCGGAAUGUUAACAAUUUAAAGUUGUAGGAAACAGUAUAAUGAACAUAUUAUCUACUUGGAUUGGGCUAUAGUUUUAUCGAUUUCGUCGAACACAAACAGCACUUUAUCGAAAGUGAAAGUUAUCCAAUCGAAAGUUGUUCCUUGCCGAUUAGUCAUGGCUGCCUCUAAGCACUCGCUGUUUUUUUUUAAAUAAAUCAAUACCGUGCUAUAAAUGAAAAACAUCAACGCCGAGCAGCGGUAUCUGCAGCAAACUUUUCUUUGUGCAUCAAUUGUAACUCUGUCUAUACGAGAAAACCUCACAGAACGAAGCAACAGCAUCGAAAUAACCCAACAACAAACAAACAAAAAUAAAAGUUUUCCAAUUUCGCAAACUCCAAAUAAAAAUAGUUUGUAAUUGCAACCCCCAA